AUGAUGAAAGCAUCCAGUGGCAUGAACCUUAUGGGAGGGAUAAAUCUUGCCGAGAAGAUCCAACCAUCCUUCGUACUUCAGCCACCCGAAGAACAAACAGAUAAUUGGGACGACGACUUUGAGGAAGGUAUCUCAUUCAGCAAGCUUCAAGCACUCGAACGCACUUCAGUCGAGGAUGAGAAAUCGCAGCCUUCGUCAACUCGUCAACCCUCUUAUCUAGGGUUACCACCUCGCCCUCCGCACGCCCUGUCUCCCCAACUUCUUUCUUCCGAACCUGAGCCAGAAGACAAUGCCCAGACAAUCAAACCCAACCGAAGCCCCGGCAUGAAUGUAGUCCCCUUGCCAGUUGCAAAGGCACCUCGCGCAGACAUGAGCGUCAUACUGGAGGAUUCGACUUUCAAUAGCAAUACCUCGAGCACCAUGGGCAGCGUCACUGGGAUCGAGAGUGAUACCGAGGACUAUUCGGAUCUUGGCCUCGACGAAGAUGAGGAGAAGUUACAGGAAAAGGUAAAGGACUUCAAGAAGAAGAACUCUUCGCGCCGGGGACUGUUCCAUCCCGAUGACAUUAAGACCUAUGGUAUCAAUAAUGUAUCUCCUGGGCCUCUAUCCGCACCGCUCCCUUCACUUGAACGUAAACCCUCACGGCCGAGUCUUUCGCAGAUUCCCUCCCACCCUUCACAUGGACCAGCGUCUGCUCGGGCGACGUCAUCACACUCACGCUCUUCAUCUCACAUGGGCUCAUUCGCCAAUGGAGGCGGCAGCGGCCCAAGCAGUGAAGCUGGGUCAAUGGGUCGGGGUGAAGGACGGAGGCAGCACGAGAUGGGUGUAUUCGGGAAGUAUGCAGAAGAUGAGGAAGAAGACUAUGAAGAUGUGUUUGGCAAGGCUAAUAGCACUGCCGCCGAACAUGUAAUGCAGACGCUGCAGCUCAAUACCCGAUUGUCUAACAAGUCUUGGCUUGGUGACGAGGAUUCUGACGAAGAAGAUCCCUUUGCUGAGAUUGACGAAGGCUUCGCUGAGGACGAUUUGGAAGCCAACCUCCAGCGCGAUAAACAUGCACGGCUCUGCAAUGCGGUAAACCAAUUAAUCGAUGAGCUCUCGCCCUCGGCUCCGGACUUCCAGUUGAGAGAUGCCUGCGAUCAGCUGAUCAAUAUCAUGACGGAUACUCCAGAGAUGCAAGUGCAAUUCGUAGCGUCGCACGGUAUGCUCGCAAUACUGGAAGUACUUGAAGGAAGAUGUUCCAGAGAGUUGAUUAUGAAGCUCCUGCAUGUAAUUAAUAUGCUCGUCAACGAAGAUGUCGGUUUCUUGGAGAGUUUCUGCUUGAUUGGUGGCAUCCCUGUGAUGAUGGGUUUCACAUCAAAGAAGUACUCCGCCGAAUGUCGACUAGAAGCCUCACAUUUCAUCCGACUCCUGUGUCACACUUCUGUUCUAACUCUACAGAUGUUUAUUGCGUGCCGAGGACUGAAAGUCCUUGUUGACCUCCUGGAUGAGGAUUACAAUGAACAAACUGAUCUGGUGGUGCAUGCCCUGAACGGAAUCGGGAGCGUCUUCGAACUCCAAAGUCCCACUACGAAGAAUGACUUCUGUCGCAUGUUCAUCCGGGAUGGUCUAUUAGAUCCUUUGUCAGCUGCUCUUCUCAAUGUAAUGGGCAGCCGAGAAGGUUCAGCCGCCGAAAUGAAAUUGAAGAUCAUCCAAAUUCUGUUGGUCUUUUCACAGGUCUCCCAGUCGGAUAUACACGUUCGUAAUGCGAUGGGGACACGAAAGAUCAUACGCAGACUAUUGCGUGCCUGCGAAUUGUUGGAACCCGACUGUCUUGUCCUCAUGCUCAAGGCUGUCAAGCACUUGUCCAUGAACGUCACCCUAUUGGAUGUCCUGCAGAAUGCCAACGCCAUAGAAAUCCUGACUCGCAUCUUGGACGAACAAAGCGCGGGUGCGCAUAGUGCAGAAAUGGCAAAUCACAUCUUCCAAACAUGCUACAAUCUGUGCAGGCUCAACAAAUCACGGCAAGAAGAAGCUGCCCAGGCAGGCAUCAUACCCUGCUUGAGACGAGUCAUCGAGACGAGCUCCCCGCUGAAGCAAUUCGCUUUACCAAUUCUUUGUGAUCUUGCCAGCGCUGGGAAGAGCUGCCGUAUGCUAUUGUGGCAGCAAGAUGGAUUAGGAAUGUACCUAAAGUUGUUGGACGACCCAUAUUUCCAAGUCAGCGCGCUCGAGGCUAUCGUUUCGUGGCUGCAAGACGAACCUGCCCGAAUAGAAGACGAGCUAGUCAAACCCGAAGCUGUAGAAGCCAUCCUAAAAUGUUUCGUAUCGUCCAAGGCGAACUCGUUUGAGAACCUCCUUGAACCGUUUUUAAAGUUGACCCGCCUCUCUUCAUCCCUCGCCAACCUCCUCGCCAAAUCUACAGCAUUCUUCAACCGUAUCAUUGAUCGUCUAAGCCAUCACAGCAAAGCUGUUGUUCGGCGUAAUUUACUGCGAAUUCUCAAGGGAGUAUGUGAUGUUCACCCCAACCGCGGGGCGAUAGUAGAGAGAUAUGGACUGUACGAAGUGGUUGAGCGGUUGAGUCGCACGGAUGGUGCAGUGCUGGUCAGAGAGUUGGCCAGGGAGAUCAUUCCCUCCAUUCGGCCGGCACUACGGCCUGCGGCAAAGAAGAGCGGGAGCGGAGGACGAGAGAAGGGCGUACGAGCCGAUGUGCUACGAGCGUCAUCAAGGGAUGGCCUUACCCCGAAGAAGAUGAGGCGAACGGCAUCGGAGACCUCCGCCUCGCCAUUCGAAUCAGCCAGCCCUGCCAUACGAUCCACUAGUGGUGGACCUACUAUGUCGAAUGCAACAAGGAUGGUGCCGUCGGGAGUCCAUACUAGUUCUAGUCGGAUGAAUACGUCUCGACAGCGACUAGACGAGAUCCUUUGGCAGACAGAAUAUUCGACGCCUAUGAAUGGUAGCAACUCACGGCGGCAAAGGUGA